CACAAUCGAAACUAAUUUCUUCUCUUCGACCUGUUCCUUCUACCUUCUUUUCCAUUUCUUAUCCUUAUUUCCUUCUUCUUAGCAAUCAUGAGGUUUCUGAAAGAGGGGAUGACUUAUCUGCAUGACCAGGAGUUGUCUGACCAGAUAUCGUCCAACAAGUCUAAAUCUAAUUUUCAGUAAAUAUGGCCGCCAACACAACUUUUUCACUGCGAUCUAUCCUUGAGAAAGAAAAACUUAAUGGAACAAAUUACAUGGACUGGGAUAGGAAUCUGAGAAUCGUUCUCAAACAAGAGCGUAAAGAAUAUGUCCUUGACCAACCAAUUCCUGCUGAACCAGCGGCCAAUGCUGCUAGAGCCAUUAGAGAUGCUUAUGAAAGGCAUGUCCGUGAUGAAGUUGAUGUCACUUGUCUGAUGUUAACUAUCAUGGAAGCUAAUCUUCAGAAACAGUUUCUGAAUCGUCGUGCACAUGACAUCUCUAAUGAACUCAAGAACUUGUUUCAGAAACAAGCACGGAUCGAAAGGUUCGAGACGACCAAAGCUUUGUUUCACACAAGGCUUACUGAUGGAAACUCGGUUGGACCUCACGUGCUCAAGAUGAUCGGGCUUAGGGAUCACCUGGAAAGACUUGGAUCUCCAAUUAGUCAAGAGUUGGCUACUGAUGUGAUUCUCGCAUCACUCACUCCGGCAUAUGACCAGUUCAUCAUGAACUAUAAUAUGCAUGGUCUUGAGAAGACCUUAACCGAAUUGCAUGGAAUGCUCAACUCUGCUGAGCAAAACAUCAAGAAAAAUCGGAGUGACAUUUUGAUGGUCAAAAAGGGGAAGGGGUUCAAGAAGCAUGG